ACGACGAACGCUUCGUGUGUGACUACAACGUCUUUUUAUUCUGUUAGACGAAAUCGGGAAUACACUGGUGAUAUAUUUUGAUCUGCUUAGUAGGAGUUUUGAAUGUGUUGCUCUGUCUCGCAGUAACAAUGGGAUCCGGCAGGUUUGAAAUGCACUACGGCCUUGCUUGUAUGUUUCUUGUCCUCCACCCCGUCUAUGGAGACGUCAGCUACUCUAUUCCCGAGGAGAUGAAACGUGGAUCUGUAAUUGGAAAUAUCGCUAAAGAUCUGGGACUUGAUUUGGGAAGACUGUCUGCUCGCAAGGCUCGUAUCGAUACGGAGGAUAGCAACGUUAUGUAUUGCGGAGUUAAUCUCAAUACUGGAGACUUGAUUGUUCAGGAAAGGAUCGAUAGAGAAGGGUUUUGUGGGAAAAAGGCAUCGUGUGUCCUAAAACAAGAACUUGUAUUAGAAAAUCCAUUAGAACUGCACCGUAUUAACAUCCGCGUUCAAGAUAUUAAUGAUAAUUCACCGCAGUUUAAAGAAGAGUCACUUAAGAUUGAAAUUCAAGAAUCGGCAGAAAAAGGUUCACGUUUUCUCCUGGAUGAAGCACACGAUGGAGACAUCGGAGAAAAUGCUGUUCAGGGCUACUCACUUCAGCAGAAUGAUCACUUUUCAUUAAAUGUAAAGACAAAGGGCAGUGGGCGAAAAUACGGUGAAUUAGUCUUAGACAAAAAAUUAGAUAGAGAAGAUAAACAUGAGAUAAUGCUCUUGCUUACCGCAUUUGAUGGUGGCUCUCCUCAGAGAUCAGGCACUGUAGUCAUACACGUCACUGUGCUGGAUGCUAAUGAUAAUGUACCAGUGUUUAGCCAGACCGUCUAUAAAGCCAGUCUGCCUGAAAACUGUCCUCUCGAUACUGUUGUGCUUACAGUGAGUGCUACUGAUGCAGACGAGGGAGUGAAUAGUGAAGUUACUUAUGGAUUUGACCAUGUUUCAGAUAAAAACCAAAUCUUCUCUCUAAGCCCCAAAACAGGAGAGGUUAAGGUAGCAGGACCUAUUGAUUAUGAAAAAGAGUCAUCAUAUGAAAUGCAGAUCAGCGCCAAAGAUGGUCUGGGAUUGGCGUCAUAUGCAACAUUAAUAAUUGAAAUUACGGAUAUGAAUGACAACGCACCAGUUAUACACCUGAAAUCACUGACUAACCCCAUACCUGAGAAUGUGUCACCUGGUACAGAGGUGGGCAUCAUUAAUGUGCAGGACAGAGACUCUGAGAAUAACAAACAGGUCCGCUGCUCCAUUCAGCAAGGCGCUCCUUUUAAAUUAGUCCCUUCUAUUAAAAACUACUAUUCUCUGGUGACUACAGGUCAACUGGACCGUGAACAAGUGUCUGAUUACAACAUUACAAUAACAGCCACUGACGAAGGCUCUCCACCUCUGUCUUCCUCUAAAACUGUUCAGUUAUCUCUAGCAGACAUCAACGACAACCCACCUGUGUUUGAGGAACAGUCGUACAGCGCAUAUGUGAGUGAAAAUAACAAACCUGGCUCCACUUUAUGUUCUGUUACUGCUCGAGACCCCGACUGGAGACAAAACGGUACAGUGAUUUAUUCUCUGUUAGCUGGUGAGGUGAACGGAUCCCCGGUGUCCUCCUAUGUAUCUGUUAACGGAGACACGGGGGUGAUCCACGCUGUGAGGUCGUUUGAUUAUGAACAAUUCAGGAGUUUUAAAGUCCACGUGAUGGCCAGAGACAACGGUUCUCCUCCGCUGAGCAGCAACGUGACGGUCAGUGUGUUCAUAUCGGAUAUGAAUGACAACUCUCCUCAGAUACUGUACCCCGCCCCAGAGGGCAACUCCUUCAUGACCGAGCUGGUCCCCAAAGCUGCACACGGAGGGUCUCUGGUGUCCAAAGUGAUAGCGGUGGACGCAGACUCCGGACAGAACGCCUGGCUGUCCUAUCAUAUAGUGAAAUCCACUGAUCCGGGACUUUUCAGUAUUGGUGUCCACAGCGGAGAGAUCAGGACACAGCGGGACAUUUCUGAAUCUGACAACAUGAAACAGAACCUUAUUGUGUCAGUGAAAGAUAACGGACAGCCCUCUCUCUCUGUCACCUGUUCCAUGUAUUUACUUAUUUCUGAUAACUUGGCUGAGGUCCCAGAACUGAAGGAUAUUUCUUACGAUGAGAAGAAUUCCAAACUGACCUCUUAUCUGAUCAUCGCGUUGGUGUCUGUGUCCACCUUCUUCCUGACGUUCAUAAUCAUAAUCCUUGGUGUGAGGUUUUGUCGCAGGAGAAAGCCCAGACUGUUGUUUGAUGGAGCAGUUGCCAUCCCCAGCGCUUAUCUCCCUCCUAAUUACGCAGAUGUUGACCCCACAGGAACUUUACGCAGCACUUAUAAUUAUGACGCCUACUUGACAACAGGUUCUAGAACCAGUGACUUUAAGUUCGUUUCAUCUUACAAUGACAACACUCUGCCUGCUGACCAGACUCUGAGGAAAAGUCCAUCAGACUUUGCUGAAGUCUUUGGAGAUUGUGAUCGCUCUCCUGAGGUACGCAUAUAUUUAAUCUAA